ACUGAUCUAGUAUCAGUAGAAUUGUUUGGUAGACUACAUUUGAUCCAGAGUGGGUUACCCGGUUAGGCAUUUACAAAACCGGUCUGGCUGGCGCCAACACAAUAGCCUAGAGAGAAACCAGGAAAUGCAACCUUUGGUCAUUUUUGCUUGCUUUUCAUAACCCUGUGUCGAUUCUUCGCUUUGAGCGUCUGAAAUCGACCGGUGAUGAAUAUGAAUAGAGAAACUGUUGAAUGGAAUGAAGUACGUGCAGUCAGGAGUAAAACAACUCAAGUUUCCACGUCUGAAUAGUUGUCAGUACUUCGUGGGACCGGGCACUGACAAUGAACGCGUCGUCAACUGAACACAUUCCAAUGCAUUCGGAUGAGGAAUACCAGAAUUACGAAGAAUGGAUGUCAGCUUUACCUGGGGAGCUGUGGGAUAUUCCUCUUACAAGUCUCGCUAUACCAGGCAGUCAUGAUGCGAUGAGCUACAGCCUUGACAUCCAGUCUCCUCUGCUCCGCUCCGAGUCCGACACAUUCAGACUCCUGGAUGGACUCUUCCACUGCCUCACCAGACCAGCCAUCUACAGAUGGGCCACUACUCAGGAAAAAGGUAUUGUGGAGCAGCUUUCAAUGGGCAUUCGAUACUUUGACCUCAGGAUCGCCCACAAACCGAACGACCCAUCCAACGACCUGUACUUCACACAUGUCAUCUACACAUAUCUCACUGUUGUGGACACUAUGAAAGCUGUAGCCUCCUGGUUGGAAAUUCACCCCAAAGAGAUUAUCAUCCUCGCCUGCAGUCACUUUGAAGGACUCAACGACAAACUACAUGAACAUUUCAUUGUCUCUUUAAAGAAAAUCUUUGGGUCUAAACUCUGUCCUCGCAAGGGGGCAGUAUUGAGCCUGAGGAGUCUUUGGAUGUCAGGCUACCAAGUUCUGCUGUCCUAUGAUGACCAGGCAGCCACACGGCACCAGGUUCUGUGGCCAGCCAUACCGUACUGGUGGGCUAACCAGCCCACGGCCAGCGGAGUGGUCAGCUACCUGGAAAGUCAGAAGGACAAGGGCCGUCCAGAUGGUUUCUUUGUGUCAGGUCUGAACCUGACCGCUGACCGCUCCUUCAUCGCCCUGCAUCGCCAUCAGUCCCUGCGAACCCUCACCCUGACCAACUGGGAGGUCCUGAGAGCCUGGCUGGGGGAGCAGGUCCCAGGACAUUACGCUAAAAGCCUCAACAUCAUAGCAGGAGACUUCAUAGGAACCAUUUCCUUCGUUCCACUGGUCAUCACUCUUAACUGGAAGCUGUUAGGGCUCAAGACGGGUCAGGUGAUGGGUCCCAGAAUGGGUCAGGUGAUGGGUCCCAGAAUGGGUCAGACGGAGGUUCAGAGGACUCUUUCAGCAGAGGAGGACGAAGACUACAGAUGA